UGCAGACGGCUGUCGGGUCCUGUCGAGUGGCAUACCGGGCUCCGAAAGGCUGCAGAGGAGGAGAAUUUACACGGAGACAGCACAACUAUUCAACCAGAAAUACAGAAACUCACUCUUUUCCGUUGGCUAUAAAAUGAAAAGAUUAUACAUCAUUGACCUGGAUUGGAAGAAACAACACAUGCGACUCUAACGGACGACCUGAAUAAAGGAAUUCACAUUUUUGGGUGGAUUUGGGAGCUCACGAAACAUUAUUUUGGAGUGGCAAGCAAGUUUGGAAAUAUCCCCGAAACGGAACAAAUACUCCCAAGCCUUCACGAUGGAGGAGCAACAGUGCUACUACAACGAGACCAUUGCUUUCUUCUACAACCACAGUGGGAAGUAUCUGGCCACAGAGUGGAACACGGUCAGCAAGCUGGUGAUGGGUCUGGGCAUCACGGUGUGCAUCUUCAUCAUGCUGGCCAACCUGCUGGUCAUGGUGGCCAUAUACGUCAACCGGCGCUUCCACUUCCCCAUCUACUACUUAAUGGCCAACCUGGCUGCCGCAGACUUCUUCGCAGGCUUGGCGUACUUCUACCUGAUGUUCAACACGGGCCCGAACACACGGCGUCUCACCGUCUCGACGUGGCUGCUCCGUCAGGGCCUCAUCGACACGUCCCUCACGGCGUCUGUGUGCAACCUCCUCGCCAUCGCCAUUGAGCGGCACAUCACGGUGUUCCGCAUGCAGCUGCACACGCGCAUGUCCAACCGGCGCGUUGUCGUGGUGAUAGUGGUCAUCUGGACCAUGUCCAUCGUCAUGGGAGCAAUCCCGUCGGUGGGAUGGAACUGCAUCUGUGACAUUGGCACGUGCUCCAGCAUGGCGCCGCUGUACUGCAACUCCUACCUGGUGUUCUGGGCUGUCUUCAACCUGCUCACCUUCCUGGUCAUGGUGGUUCUGUACGCCCACAUCUUUGUUUACGUGAGGCAGAGGACCAUGAGGAUGAGUAGACACAGCUCUGGGCCGCGCAGGAACAGAGAUACGAUGAUGAGCCUGCUUAAGACGGUCGUUAUCGUAUUAGGUGCGUUUAUAAUCUGCUGGACUCCGGGCCUCGUCCUUCUCCUACUAGAUGUGUUCUGCUCCAGCUGCAAUGUCCUGGACUUUGAGAAAUUCUUCCUGCUGCUGGCUGAGUUUAACUCUGCCAUGAACCCCAUUAUCUACAGUUACAGGGACAAGGAGAUGAGCGCCACCUUCAGGCAGAUCCUGUGCUGCCAGCGUCAGGAGAAUGUCAACGGUACUGUGGCGGAGGGCUCGGAUCGCUCCGCCUCUUCCGUCAACCACACCGUGCUGGGUGGAGGGAGGCAGAGCAACGACCACUCUGUGGUGUGAGCGGCCGGGCUGCAGCCAGGGAGGGCUGCAGCCAGGGAGGACUGCAGCGCGGAGCCCAGCCGUGGCCUGGAGACGGACGGUGGAACCAAGGAGGCGACUGGGAGACUGUAGGCCCUUAAGAAAGACCAUGGUGACAUUAUGAAGACGAUCAAGAAGUUAACGCCCUUUAUCUCUGAGGGUCGGAAGAUGUAGGCAGUCCACAGACUCUGAUUGGUUGGUUUUUUUCUAUGUUGUUGUUGUUGUCAUCAGAGAUGUUUUUUUUGGGACUGAUCUAUAAUGAUGUGAAACUUGCCAGUAUAUAACUCUACUCUAGAUACUUCCCUCUCUCUAAGUGAACGUCAGGCCUUCCAAAUUGCAUCUUAUUUCCAUUUUUGUGCACUAGUUUUGAAUUAAAAAGAGAAUCAGGUGCAAUUUGGGACAGUUGCUAAUGAACCUGAAAGAGGAAGUGUCUGUCCAUCAGUCCGUCCAGUCAAUCUUUCUGUUGAACAUGCCAUCCCAGAAACAGUAUGAAGCUGGUUUAUAAUGGAUUUCACAAAUGUUUAUUGUAAUGAAACGUUAGCAAGUGUUACCACAAAACAUUGUGUGAAGGAUGUCUUAUUAACAACUUUAACAGACUUUAGUCCUUCACCAUGAUCACACCACUUAGAUUCAUGUUGCCGUCUGUAUUCUGUGGUUCAACUGGACUAAAGUGGACCCACUCUCCCCUGUGGACUUCAUCAUCAUCAUCACCAACUAACUAAUCUGCAAAAACAAACGCUGCUUUCCUACCAGGCAAGGUCAAAGGUCCAAAGCUGACUCAAUCUGAGGCAGUCAUCUGGGUUCCAGCCUUGUUUCAUUUCAUGUGACUGUAGCUAAGUAUGUUGUUCCUGUUUUUGUCAAUUCUACCAAUGAUCUUGGUUGUAUGGGCUAUCCCUCCAUAACCUCCAGAUGGACCAAGGACCAUAUCUAGACCCACCAAUGUACCACCAAUGUUGUGUCAGAAAUAAAAUCAUGAAAUUA